AUGUUCAAUCCAACGUUUGAUCCUGGAAGCACUGAAGAUUCCACCGUCGCUGUUCCUACCAGCAUAGCCAGUUUCGAUAACAGAUCAGAAGCUAAAGAAAAGUGGAAAAAUCUACGUAGUGUUUUUGUUCGCCAUUUGAAACCGCCUAAAAGUGGAGCAGGGACUGCGCAAAAAAAACCAUACUACUUAGCUGAUUUUAUGCAAUUUACUAUACCGUUCAUAAAAACAGCAGGAAAACCAUCAGGAAAUUUGAACGAGACAAUAGAAGAUAAUGACACAUUGCAACCACAGUCUCCUGAACUAUGCGAACAAACACAGUUCACAGAAAGUGUACCUACAAGCACUCAAUCGAUCUCGCAACAGCAUUCAUCUCUUCCUCCAACAAGCACUCAAUCAAUCUUGCGACACCAAUUACCACCAGCAACAAGCAAUAAAAGAAAACGGAAGAAGCUUGAAGAAACUCAAGCUGAGCAAGAUAUUGCAGCUUAUUUUAAAUUGAAACGAUCUAAAAUUAUAGAAAACUGUGACAGUACUGAAAAUUCAAACAAAAUGUUUUUACUGAGUUUACUGUCGGACGUGAAUAAAUUGAAUGAUAAUCAAAGAAGACUGUUUAAGAGGAGAGUGCUUGAAUUGAUAGACGAUAUUAUGGACCAAAGUAGUCCCAUCACACUUUUAUCUACUCCUUCACCGACUGACAGGGCAAUAAGUACGCCAAAUACCAUAAAUGAAAGUGUACAAUCAAAUACUGCCACACUAUAUUAUGAAUCAAUACCUAUGUUUUUAUCACAGGAAGAUGAAGAAUAA